GACAAAGGGGCGGGGCUAAAGGGCGACUCACGCCGCGUCGCGCCCCGCCCCCUUUUCCUCCCUCAGCCGCCGCCGCGCCGCCUUUUCUCCCCUCAGGCCGGGGCCUCUUCUUCCUCCUCUGCUUCCUUUCCGUUUUUCUACUAUACUGACAAUAUUGCUGCAAGGAAGUAUUUUUGAUUGAUAGCUAUGUGACAGAGUACAACCCACAUAAGGGAACCAUUUUUUGCACCAAAUGAUCUCUAAUGCUAAUGAGCUAUCUAUCAUGGACCAACUAUUUCUAAGGAUUAUGUAAAAUGCUUGCAGCUGAAAAUGUGCUAUUUAUUAAUGGGCUAUUUUAAAUACUUCAAGACAUUAUAUGCUCAAAAGUGCUAAUGGAUGUCAUCAUGGCUUAGUUAAGUGUUUGAUCACUGCAAAUGAUCUGUUGCUGUAUGCUGGCAAGAGGCAACUGGUAGUGUCAAAAUUGUGCAAAUAUAUCAAGAUGACAGAUCCUAUGAUGGACUUUUUUGAUGAUGCCAACCUUUUUAGCGAUACCCUAGAAGGUUUGUCAGAGGAUGCCUUUGUACAGACUGGACCUGUUUCACUCGUUGACGAAUUGAACCUGGGUGCGGAGUUCGAGCCUUUACACAUUGACUCAUUAAACCAUGUUCAGGAAACACAAACGCAGCAAAAGAUGAAUGAAUUUGAACAACUAAAUCAAUAUGAUUCUCUGAAACUACAAGUGAAUCAGUCUUUCAGCAGCCCAACUGAAAAUGUUCUGUCGCCUCAUUCUGAGUUUAAUUGUUCACCCAUUCAUUCCCAAACCCAAACCAAUGGACUGUUUCCUGAUGUGGCAGAUGGAAGCCCAAUGUGGGGGCACCAGACUUCUAGCAACACUUCUAAUCAGAAUGGGUCUCCUUUUCAUCAAGGACAUUCACAGUCUAUGCAGCAAAACAAAAGCUUUGUAGCACAUCACGAUUUUGCCUUAUACCAGGCCAGCGAACAGCACCAUCCGUGUGCCUCGUUGCAGUCACAGCAGAACCGAAAUGGCAUUAGUACAGGAGAUGGCACUCGGAAUCAACCAGAAAAUUUCAUGGAAAUGAAUGCAUCUGUUCCACAUAGAACCAGUGUCCCCCAUCCACCUCAAGCUGCCAGACUGUCAAACUCCCAACAGUCUAUCUCUGUUCAGCCAUUUUCUCAGACUGUGAAUGACUCACCCCACUUCUGUGGGAAUCAAGAAGGAAACUUCGAUGGACACUCUCCAACCAUAACACCAUGCUCUGUUGUCAAUACACAGUUUUCUGCUCCUUUUUCCUACUCUGGUAACCACAUAUCUCCUACCAGUCUUCUGCAGUCUUCUACAGCUCUUUCUGCUGGUCAGCAAACACAUCCUCUCACUGAUUUUUCUGAGAAUGAUACCUUUGCACAUCAAAGACGAACCAAGCAACGGAAUACAGAGAGCAUGCUUAAUUCAACUGCAUCAUUGAAUUCAAAUAAUUACCAAGUCUUGCAAUCCGCACAUUCUCAGGGCAACUUCAGUAGUUCAAAACUAUCUGUUGCGAACAUUAAUUUUCCUCCCCCUUCUGGCUCUGGUUCUCAGCUGAGUCAUUUCAGUGAUCCUAUAGAAAGCAAUGGCUUUUCAUCAAUAGAUGAGAACUUGCUUCAACAAGUUGAGUCUCAAGCUGAAUCAUUUACAGAACUAGAUCCAGAAGCUCUCCUUCAGGAAGAUCUUCUUCCACAAUUUGAUGAAUCUACAUUUGUUCAGGACAACUCCAGUAAUGAGAGAGAACAUCCUCUGGAACAUCGUGUUGUCCCAAACACAGCACAACCCUCUCACUUUGCACGGAGUCAGUCCCAAAACUGCAGCCAGCCCUGGUGUCCUCCCAGUUCUAAUCAGCGUCUUCAAGAGCGAAAGCGUGCAAAUGCGCAAGGCCAGCCUCCUUCCACCAAGAAGACAGAUGGUUCUGGGACAUAUACUAAGUUACAGAAUACCCAGGUGAAAUCCAUGUCUGAGAAGAAACAGAAGAAAAAAGCGGAAUCUGAGAGUAAGCAGGAGAAAGCAAACCGCAUCAUAUCUGAAGCAAUAGCAAAAGCAAAAGAAAGAGGGGAGAGGAACAUCCCGCGAGUAAUGAGUCCAGAAAACUUCCCAAGUGUAUCAGCAGAAGGGAGAGAAGAAAAAAAGGGCAGGAAAGGAAAAUCCAAACCGAAAGACAAAGAAAGCAAAAAGCCCAAAACUAGCUCAUCUUCCAAAACUAAAGAGCGAGGAAAAAUUGGAAAACUUAUUAUUACUCUGGGUAAAAAGCAAAAGCGAAAAAAUGAGUCUUCGGAUGAAAUGUCUGAUGCUAAGCAGCCUCCUCAGCAGUCAUUCAAAGAUGAGACUUCUCAGAAAAGAAGAUCAAAUCGACAAGUUAAAAGGAAGAAAUAUGCAGAAGAAGGUGAAGGAAAGCAAUCAGAAGAGGAGGCCAAAGCCUCUGUGAAAAUCAAAAAGUCUUCUGCUCUUCUACCUGCUGAACAGCCUUUACAAUUAUUUGUGGAGAAUCCAAGCGAAGAAGAUGCAGCCAUUGUAGAUAAAAUUUUAUCUUCCAGAAUUGUAAAGAAAGAAAUUCCCGGGGGAGUGGCAGUGGAAGUAGAGGAAUUUUUUGUUAAAUACAAAAACUACUCCUACCUCCACUGCGAAUGGGCUACAGAGCAACAGCUCCUAAAGGACAAAAGAAUCCAGCAGAAAAUCAAACGUUUCAAGCUGAGGCAAGCACAAAGGGCACAUUUCUUUGCAGACAUGGAGGAAGAACUUUUUAAUCCUGAUUAUAUUGAAGUAGACCGAGUGUUAGAAGUCUCCUUCUGUGAAGAUAAGGACACUGGAGAGCCUGUUACUUACUAUUUAGUAAAGUGGUGCUCAUUACCCUAUGAAGAUAGCACCUGGGAGCUGAAAGAAGAUGUAGAUCAAGGGAAAAUAGAAGAGUUUGAACAAUUGCAAGCAAAAAGGCCAGAUUCGAGGCGAUUGGAACGACCUCCCCCUAAUUCAUGGAAGAAAAUAGAACAGUCCAGGGAUUAUAAAAAUGGCAACCAACUCAGGGAAUACCAACUGGAAGGACUCAACUGGCUCCUCUUCAAUUGGUAUAAUAGGCAAAAUUGCAUUUUAGCCGAUGAAAUGGGCCUCGGGAAAACUAUCCAAUCCAUAACCUUCCUCUUUGAAAUCCUUCUGACUGGUAUCAAAGGGCCCUUCCUGAUCAUCGCCCCGCUUUCCACCAUCGCUAACUGGGAAAGAGAGUUUCGCACUUGGACCGACCUUAAUGUUGUGGUGUAUCAUGGGAGCAUGAUCAGCAGGCAGAUGAUACAGCAGUAUGAGAUGUAUUUCAGGGAUUCACAGGGCCGAAUCAUUAGAGGCACAUACAAGUUCCAGGCCAUAAUCACCACUUUUGAAAUGAUUCUCGGUGGCUGUCCAGAACUCAAUGCAAUCGAAUGGCGGUGCAUUAUUAUUGAUGAAGCACAUCGAUUGAAGAACAAAAACUGCAAACUUUUAGAAGGACUCAAACUUAUGAAUCUUGAGCACAAAGUACUGCUGACAGGCACUCCGUUGCAAAAUACUGUUGAAGAACUUUUCAGCCUUCUUCACUUCCUUGAACCAUUACGCUUCCCAGCAGAAUCUACAUUCAUGCAAGAAUUUGGGGACCUUAAAACAGAAGAGCAGGUGCAAAAGCUGCAAGCUAUCCUGAAACCAAUGAUGCUAAGAAGACUCAAAGAAGAUGUAGAGAAGAAGUUGGCUCCAAAACAAGAAACCAUAAUCGAAGUGGAAUUAACGAACAUCCAGAAAAAGUAUUAUCGUGCGAUUUUAGAGAAAAACUUCGCAUUUUUGUCCAAAGGAGCCGGGCAAGCCAAUGUACCGAACUUAGUUAACACUAUGAUGGAACUCAGGAAAUGUUGCAAUCAUCCAUAUCUUAUUAAAGGUGCUGAAGAAAAAAUCUUAGGAGAGUUUAGGGAGACCUAUAAUCCAUCCGCUCCUGACUUCCAUCUACAAGCAAUGAUCCAGUCUGCAGGGAAAUUGGUCCUCAUUGAUAAACUUCUUCCAAAAAUGAAAUCAGGGGGCCAUAAGGUGCUGAUUUUUUCUCAGAUGGUCCGCUGCCUUGAUAUCCUUGAAGAUUACCUUAUACACAAAAGGUACCUGUAUGAGCGCAUUGAUGGAAGAGUGAGAGGAAACCUGCGGCAAGCUGCCAUCGAUCGAUUCAGCAAGCCAGACUCUGAUCGCUUUGUCUUCCUUCUCUGCACCAGAGCUGGUGGAUUGGGCAUUAAUUUGACUGCGGCUGAUACUUGCAUCAUUUUUGAUUCAGACUGGAAUCCUCAGAAUGACUUGCAGGCUCAAGCUCGAUGCCAUAGGAUUGGUCAAAACAAAGCCGUCAAAGUCUACAGGCUGAUUACCCGGAACUCUUACGAAAGAGAGAUGUUUGACAGAGCAAGUCUGAAGCUUGGCUUGGAUAAGGCCGUUUUGCAGAGCAUGAGUGGAAGAGACAAUAGUGUUGGUGGCAUCCAACAGCUAUCCAAAAAAGAAAUAGAGGAUUUGCUUCGAAGAGGGGCGUACGGUGCCAUCAUGGAUGAAGAAGACGAGGGCUCUAAAUUCUGCGAAGAAGAUAUUGAUCAGAUCUUACAGCGUCGCACAAAAACCAUAACAAUUGAAUCAGAGGGGAGGGGUUCCACCUUUGCUAAGGCUAGUUUUGUUGCUUCUGGAAACAGGACAGACAUUUCUUUAGAUGAUCCAAACUUCUGGCAGAAAUGGGCCAAAAAAGCAGAAAUAGACCUUGAUGCCAUCAGUGGUAGAAACAGCCUGGUUAUCGACACUCCCAGGAUUAGAAAGCAGACAAGACCUUUUAGCGCCACAAAGGAUGAGCUUGCAGAGUUGUCUGACAUUGAAAGCGAAGGGGAUGAAAAGCCCAAACUUCGGAGGCCUUGUGACCGCUCCAACGGAUACGGAAGAACAGAAUGCUUUCGAGUGGAGAAAAAUCUACUAGUUUAUGGGUGGGGUCGUUGGAGAGAGAUUUUGUCCCACGGACGCUUCAAGAGGCAACUGAACGAACAGGACGUGGAAAUAAUCUGCCGAGCCCUUCUAGCAUAUUGCCUUGUUCACUACCGAGGAGAUGAAAAAAUCAAAAGUUUUAUAUGGGAUCUAAUUACACCAACUGAGGACGGGCAAACACGAGAGCUACAGAAUCACCUAGGCUUGUCAGCCCCUGUCCCCCGGGGUCGGAAAGGAAAGAAAGUUAAGACUCAGGCCAGCACUUUUGACAUACAUAAAGCAGAAUGGCUUCGGAAAUAUAAUCCAGAGCAUUUGUUGCAAGAUGACGGCUAUAAAAAACAUAUAAAACACCACUGCAAUAAAGUUUUACUUCGAGUUCGAAUGCUGUAUUACUUGAAGCAAGAAGUCAUUGGUAGUGAAUGCCAUAAGGUUUUUGAAGGAGUUGAUGCCAGUGAAAUCGAUAUUUGGAUCCCGGAGCCAGACCAUUCGGAGGUGCCAGCAGAGUGGUGGGAUACAGAAGCAGACAAGUCUUUGCUCAUUGGAGUUUUUAAACAUGGUUAUGAAAAGUACAACACCAUCAGAGCAGAUGCAGCUCUCUGCUUUUUGGAAAGAGUCGGGAAACCAGAUGACAAAGCAGUUGCAGCUGAACAAAGAGCAAAUGAUUACAUGGAUGGUGAUGUCGAAGACCCGGAGUAUAAGCCAGCCCCAGCAUUGUUUAAAGAUGAUAUAGAGGAUGAUGCCUCAUCACCAGGGGAUCUUAUAAUCACGGAUGGAGAUGGUCAGAUGAUUGAAGGGGACAAGCUUUACUGGCCAACUCAGUCUGCUUUGACAACUCGCUUGCGACGCUUAAUAACUGCAUAUCAGCGUACCAGUAAGAACAGGCAGAUCCAGCAGAUCCAACCAGCUUUUCCCGUUCAGGCCUGUGUGAUACAGACUCCAUACGAAGAGGCUGCUCUGAAUCCCAAAAUGGUUGCCAAAAUUGAAAGACAGCAAAGGUGGACAAGGAGAGAAGAAGCCGAUUUCUACCGAGUUGUUUCCACCUUUGGUGUCGUGUUUGAUCCUGACAGAGCCCAGUUUGACUGGACAAAGUUUAGAGCCAUGGCUAGGCUGCAUAAGAAAACGGAUGAGAGUUUAGAGAAAUACUUAUAUGCAUUUAUGGCCAUGUGCAGAAGGGUUUGUCGCCUGCCUUCAAAAGAUGAACUUGUGGAUCCAAAUAUUUUCAUCCAACCAAUCACUGAAGAACGUGCGUCCCGGACCUUGUAUCGUAUUGAGCUUCUCAGGAAAGUACGAGAGCAAGCCGUUCGCCAUCCGCAGGUCUUUGAGCGGUUAAAACUUUGUCAGCCAAACCCAGACUUGCCGGUCUGGUGGGAAUGUGGGACUCAUGACUGGGAUUUACUGGUUGGGGCUGCGAAACAUGGGGUGAGCCGGACAGACUACCACAUCCUUCGCGAUCCCGAACUUUCAUUUAUGUCCGCCCAGAGGAACUACAGUCAGAAUAAAGUAGCACUUUCAAGGGCCCCGACCCCACUUUUGCACCAGUAUCAAAUGGCACUGUCCGCAUCUCCCCUUACUCCUCAAGCGAGGCUCCUCGAUGUUAAAGGGAGCACUCCUGAGGAUACAAAGGCUAAGCUUGAAAACCAUAAAGAAGAAAUCCAUUCUUCCGGAGAGGAGUCUAUGUCUAUUGAUGAUAUACGAACAGGAGUAAAGACUGAACCAUUGAGCCCAAAAAAUAGCACAACAGCACAUGCUACGGACCACAAAUCUGCUAUGAAGGCAGACAAUGACAGGCGCAUGGUUGCUGCAAGGACAGAGCCUCUAACUCCAAAUGCCACUUCCAAAAAACAGAGGCCCAGCAAAAGAGGAUCAGAAUCCAGCUCCGAUUCAGAUUCUGAUUCUGACAGAUCAUCCUGUUCUUCCAGGUCGUCGUCGUCGUCUUCUUCAUCAUCUUCCUCUUGUUCACGGUCCAGAUCAGGAUGUAGCUCUUCUUCCUCAUCCUCAUGCUCUUCAGCAUCUUCCUCAUCGUCGUCGUCCUCCUCUUCAUCAUCAUCAUCAUCAUCAUCCUCUUCAUCAGAAGAGAGCGACAGUGAUGAGGAGGAGGCACAGAAGAGACCAGAAGGAGCCCCUCACUUGAAAGCAUUUGAUGAAGAGAGCGUUGCUUCCCUAAGCACAGUACAAGAUGAAACACAGGACAGUUUCCAAAUGAAUAAUGGCACACCAAAUUCUAACUGUAUCUUACAUGGGGGAUAUAUGUUGGCGGCUUCCUACUGGCCCAAGGAUCGGGUUAUGAUCAACCGUCUGGAUAGUAUUUGUCAAACUGUCUUGAAAGGCAAAUGGCCUUCCACGCGGCGAGGUUACGAGGGUGCUACCAUUGCCUCCUUCUAUACGACCAAACUUCUCGACAGCCCCGCAGCCGCUGCUGGUGCUUCUGUCGAUUGCAGCGAACCCAGUGUACCAACUCCCCCAAACGCGGAUGGGAAAGAAGAAAGUGAUCAGUCAUCACAAUUGUCAAAGGUGAAGACGCAUGUACGGGAAAAGGAGUUUACAGUGAAAAUCAAUGACGAAGGUGGUUUGAAAUUAAUCUUUCAGAAGCAGGCACUUUCUCAGAAAAGACCAUUUGAAAGCGAAGAUGGCACAUUGGGACAGCAGCAAUACCUUGCCAGGCUCCAUGAACUCCAGAGCGCUUCGGAAACAAGUCUUGUCAAUUUCCCAAAGUCUUUGCCAGAAUCGGGAACUUCAAGCCAAGUGACAGCAAACGAAAAUGGUGUAAUAAGUGAUGACCAGCCUGUACUGAAGAAGAGGAGAGGAAGGAGAAAGAAUGUUGAAGGAGUUGACAUUCUGUUUAUAAAUCAAAACAAAGCACCUAACCAUGUUUGCCAUGGCAUUAACGCCCCUCAGAUUGCUCCAGGGAUAACCCCCAUCCUUCCAUUUAUACAAUCCCAAGGCCUCUGUGAUGCAGAAAGUCCCGUUCCGGUUAUUAACUUGAAAGACGGAACAAGGCUUGCAGGGGAUGAUGCCCCCAAGAGAAAAGACUUGGAGAAAUGGUUGAGUGAGCAUCCGGGCUACGUUGAAGAUUUAGGAGCUUUUAUCCCGAAAAUGCAGCUUCAUGAGGGGAGACCCAAACAAAAAAGGCACCGUUGUCGCAAUCCUAAUAAGUUGGAUGUUAAUAGCCUCACUGGGGAAGAACGUGUGCAGCUGAUCAAUAGAAGGAAUGCUCGAAAGGUAGGAGGUGCUUUUGCUCCCCCGCUGAAAGAUUUGUGCCGAUUCCUGAAGGAGAAUUCUGAAUACGGAGUGGCUCCUGAGUGGGGCGAUGUUGUGAAACAGUCGGGAUUCCUUCCUGAGAGCAUGUUUGACCGUAUUCUCACAGGGCCCGUUGUUCGUGAAGAGGUGAGCCGGAGAGGGAGAAGGCCGAAAAGUGAGAUGGCCAAGGCAGCGGCUGUGACAACGGCCAACAUCCCUGUCAGCCCUUUGCUGGCCAAUGGGCUCCUCCAAGGAGUGGAUCUGUCUACUCUCCAGGCCUUACAGCAAAACCUGCAGAGUUUCCAGUCAUUACAAGUAACCGCAGGUUUAAUGGGAAUGCCUGCCAGCCUCAAUGCCUCUGGAGAGGCCAAGAACAUGGCAGCAGUCUUUCCCAUGCUGCUUUCAGGAAUGGCAGGCUUGCCCAAUUUGCUAGGGAUGGGAGGGCUGCUAACAAAGUCUGCAGAAUCCGUUUCUGAGGGAAAAAAGGGAAGUGACUCCAGGGAACCCGAUGGAAAGAAAGAGAGGACAGAGAGCCAAAAUGCACAUAACGGUGGAGAAAACUCUGUGUCGGGUUCUCCUUCAACGUCAUCCGCUGCCGCAGCUGCCGCCACCCCCUUAGCUCUUAACCCCUUACUGUUGUCCAAUAUACUUUAUCCAGGGAUGCUUCUCACUCCAGGCCUUAAUCUUCAUAUCCCAGCUUUGUCCCAGUCAAACAUUUUCGAAGUAGAGAACAGUGAAAGCAACAGCGCCGGCUUGACAAAGCCUGCGGAAGAAAAGGAGGGGAAUGCUAGGGUUCAAGAACAAGAAGUCCAAAGGGGGACAGAGGCGAGCUCUCGCAAUGAAAACAGCACAGACGAGGGUUCGGAGAAAGCCGACGCUUCCUCGGGAUCGGACAGUACGUCCUCCUCCUCCGAGAAUUCAGAUUCCAGCGACGAAGACUGACCCCAGGCUCUUGCACUUAAAUUAUAAACUGCUUUUGAAAUGAUUCUUUAAUUAUUUUGUUGUAAAUAACCCUACGUUGAGUGAGUGCAUCGAUAAUUUACUGACCGAACAUUUCAGUAUUUGUUUAAGACUGCUUUCAGAGACGUUUUGCAUGUAGUAUUUCUUUGAAAGUACAUCAAUGUUUCAACAUGUAUGUACUAUCGGAUACACGACUGUGUAAAAAAAAAGGAAUUACAGCAAAAAGCAUUAUAAUUUUUAGUUGAGGGGUUAAUUUUUAAGAAAGCUUAGCAAGAGCUGUAUAUUUAAUAUAUUUGCAGUGAAUACAAUUCUUUAUGCUCGUUCUUGAUUUAAUCUGAAUAUAGUUUUACAGCCUCCUUGACACUUAUAAUUUACAGAUCAAAACUCAGCAAUAAUUUGGGCAGCUAAUGAAUGUCAUGAAAGCUGUAGAAUCUACAUCACCAUCCAUUGCUUUAAUUACAUGAGAAUGCUCUAGUGUUGUGAUGCACUGCUGAUGUUUCCAAUUCAGGUACAACUGUGUUUUAAAAAAAGAAGUUUCCCAUUCGGCCAAUUACUUUGGCUACUUGUUACCUCAGCUGAGUUAGUUUAGGAAGUUUACAUUAGUUUCUCUACUUGUUUUCAUAUUUUGCUUGGCUUUUAAAAGGCAUCUUGCGUGUGCUAAUUUGGCAAGGGAAGUGACCAUUACCAGUUGCACUCUUGACUAGUAAAGGGAGAUUUCAAUACGACGCAAAAAAAUCCCUUUCCUGUCAACUUUCGACACCGUGGAUACCUAUCUUGUUUCAAAAGCAGGCUCCUUCUACAGCCUUCAUUCAUGUUGUCGAGGAGGUGCAUCCACAAGUUGAAAUAACUUAAAAGUGCCACUUUCAACACUGCAUACUUCAUGUAUGAGGAUUAAAUCCUUGUGAGAAUGGCCUGUUUGCUCUGUUUGUUCCUAUUUCUAUUUUACGUUUGUUUUCCAUGUAGCAUCCUGUAACCAGUUAAUAAUGGUAAAGGGAAAUGUGGAUGUGUUUAUAAAUAACCAUAUUUCUCUACAGGUUUGACUCGGACUAUAUAGGAAAAAAAGUGUUACCCAAAAUCAAGAUUAAGGGUAUCAUCAGUUAAUUGUAAUGAUGAGUUGCUCAGUAACGUAAAGCACUUUCAAGAAUGAUGAGAAAACAUAUACCGUGAAACCAUGGUUGUUACAGUGCUUCAAAAGCAUCUGUUGAAAUACAAAUCCUCAGAAUCCUUACUACAUAAAAUCAGUCUUAAUAUUUGCUGUGCGAUGAUUCCUUAUUCCGCUGAAGCUGCUAUUUGCUCCGAUAUGGGAGAAUCACAGACUGACUGAGAUUCAGAGUGAGAUCGUAUUGAUCUUGCUUUGCGGUCCAUGAAUGAAUAGGCCGAUGCUUAAGAAACAGAUAAAAAAGUACUAAUGAUAGUCGAUGACAAACCUUUUCAAAAGGGAAUAGUUUAAUAAAAUCUGUAUUUUGAUAUGGUUCUGUUGCUUGCUUGUACAGUAAACAAGACCGUGUUGUUUUUUUACCGAGAUCUUUACCAAUAAUUAAACAAAAAGAAAGUUUGUACAUGCAAAAUAAUUAACCCCCUUGACUAGGAAAGCAGUAUUACAUGUAAUUACACAGUUAUUCAAACGUAUCAUUUGGAUUGUGCUGGUUAUUGUAUUUUCUCUCCCAUUACCCAGAAUAGUAUGUAUGACUUGUUCGGCCCAUCAUAACAGUGUCUUAGCAAUAGUCAAAACAUGCCACAAGAAAAAAGGGGAUAGCAAUUCUUUAUCAUGAAAGGAUGUAUUCCAUAUUUAAUAUUUUUGCCCUUUGUAAUAUAUAGCACUUUUGUUUGAUCUUGUAUGUAUCCAUGAUAUAGCCAAAGUUUUCCAGACACGGUUGUUGACUUAGUCAAUGGAGUAUCUCAACAAUAUCAUCACUUUUGCACCCUUCCCACAUAACCUCUCCCCGCCCCAAAAGAAAGCCCUAAGCAUAAUUUUUAAUAAAUUUAUGAAAUAAAGUAUUUUCCUAAUUAUGGUCAAGUGGAUUUGCUUACCAUUCUAGUGAUGAUCUUUCUCUGUAUUGAGGCAAUUUUACAGUCGCAAUGUGUGGUUGAUACAGAUUUUGAAUAUGAAGUCAAAGGUUUUAUCAGUCUCUGUUUGAAACAUGUAGCUCUCUCAGCAAACCGAUAUGCAAAGUGCGGCUGCAUAAUGUCAAGGAGCCUUCAUUAGAAAUACAUUCGUGCUGAAAUUUCAGUGCAAAAGAUAUCCAGUAUGGUGGAGAAGUGUAUGUGGGUAGUGACUAAAGAACCUUAGCUGUUAUUGCCUUGUAUUUCUCUCCCUUGUUUGAGGCUUCAUGGUCUGUCCUGGUCCUGUUUCUUUUCUUUCGAACGUUUUGCAAUAUUUGCCAGUUGUGUUCUGUGUAGUCCGGAUUUUGCUUUCUUGUAGUUGAACAAGCGUCUUAAGAGUCCUUUGUAAUUUAUUGAAUUACUUUCUAUGAUGUUCUAUAGAGCAAAUGGAAGUUUAAUUAUUUUUUAUUAAACAUAUUCUUUGACAACC